AUGGCGCGUAAAGGCCCUGGUACAGACGGCCCUCUACAGACAGCCCUUCUGGAAUCCACGUCUGCAGCCACAACAAGAGCUUCUGAAGGACAGAAGAUCUUCAGCCCCAUAGCUGUAUUCCUUGAUAAACACCGCAGCCAAACCACCGGCCUUGCUCCUCACCUACUGAGAGCACUCACCGCUCUAAGCGAUGACCUCGCCUCGGUAGCUCAACAACAUUUCAACGCUUAUAUCAGCGGUCUUAACCAGUCAACUUAUGCGACUAUUACCCAAUAUACCCCGGUCAAAUCAACUCCCACCACUCACCCUAAAGCCUCCAUUAAAAAGCCUAUGCCUCUGGUGAAACAACCCCUUCCUGACAUCCGGCUCUUCGUACGCCUCCCAGCUGACCACGCAGCCAGAAAAAUGGAAGCCUACGCUAUCUACUCUAGCCUACAAUCUCAACUAAACUUAAAUAGUGCAGCACUAAAAGAAGUCCAAGCUACAAAGACUGGCUUUGCACUAUGUCCCUCAUCUCCAGAAGCCCUCCUAGCCCUUGAGGCCUAA